CCCGCGGGUACGUGCCGGCGUCCGGUCUUCACGGCAAGAUCAUAAACAAGAUGGAGGCUCGCGACGGAAGAAAACUUUUACGUACAAUGUCCUUCAUAUCCUCGAGAGCCAAAGCCCUUCGCCAGCGGUUCGUUCCCACCCAGAGAUCCAUGUCGGACACCUGGCAGAAUCACCGCGCGGAGGGAUACAUCGAAGACGAUCCUCGUCUACCAUCGCCAGACCUCGGAGGUUCGAUGCUGUCGCUGUUAAACGAGCAGAUGCUGUCGUGGGACAACGGCGCGGAGAUCGACAACACCGCCUCGGUGUUUCGUGCCCAGCGCUCAAGGUCACUGGACUCUCUGGGGUCGGCUCCUGUGUUGGGUUCAUCCGCGAUCAGUCCUCCAGCGCUCCAGUUCCAGAGAAGAAUGUCGUCCAGCACGCAGGACACGAUCAACUUGAAGAUACCGCGUCCGACUGUGUCCGGACUGCUCAUCGCCGACCUGGUGUCGCCGUCGUUCUCCACAUCGCCGAUUCCAAAAAUCCCCGGACCUCCGCCGUCUCCGCUUAGGAAGUCGGCCCCCACGACUCCGAGACCAAUUGACAUGUGUUCACCUCACGCCCCCACGUUUUUCAUUCCGAAGAUACCCGGUCCCCCAGCGUCGCCCAAACCAUCCCGUCCCUCGUCCCCACUCGCUGCAAGACUUGCAGACCUGAGCGCAGCGAACACGAAGGUCGCGGCGCACCGCGUCUCUCCCAAUCUCGUGUGUUCACCAGCGCCAAAAUUCGGCGAUUCCUAUUACUCCGAUUCGUCGCCUCGCACUGCCCACUCCCUCCCGGUAUCGCCAAAAUACUCCUGUCCUACUCCCAAGUUCCUGGACGCAUCUUUCUUUGAUUCGCAGAUAAUACCGAGAAUCCCUGCGCCCCCGCCUUCCCCGAAGGUCUUCAGACCUCCGGGGCCGUUCUCCCCUGCCACGCGGCCAAGUUCUCCGAAGCCACAGGAUCAGGUUCGUCUCCUGGACAAUUGCUCAACGGGUUCCUCCAAAGAAGCCACUUCAGCAGUGUCAGCUGAACUGUCUCCUCGAUCGACGACUCCGUCUACAACCACGACAACCAGCAAACCUCGAGCUGAUUCCGCGGCGGGCGACUCCGAAUCCUUCGACCAGGAGGAAAAUCGCGAUACCAUAGUCGAAGGUUCCUUGCCCACCCGACCAACGCAGUUCGAGCUUCGACCUCGUCCGAAACUGAAGCAUCAGUGGUCGAUGGACGAAACGAGAUCUGCUUGCAGGCCUACCAGACAAAGCACCGAGGUCCUCGGCUCCAACUCCUGUGCCCUUAAACCUUCUGAGAAGAGACGUCGGUUCUUCAUGAGGAAGCAGACUAACUCAGCGCCGGACUCCUUCGACGGCGUGUGUCCGGUGCCGCCUCCGAAGCACAAGGAACACCAUUCAGUGGGCUUCUGCCUCGGAAACGUGCGACGAUGUCGCGGUUCGGAGAGCUCCAUCCAGCCUCCGGCCCUCCCCGCCAUAAAAUUAGAACCAGAGCUGGGAGUCGAACACCUGUCUGACUUACGAUAUCCAGACGGAGAUCCACCUUGCCACUUCUGUUGUCAACAAACCAGCACAUCCAUUCACGAUGAAAACAGACUCAAGAUUGUCAGUGGAGGUUUGGUUCGGAGUCGGGAUGGUAGUCGUGACGACACGGGAACUCACUUCAUGAACCUGCCUUCACCCAACGUCCAAAGUGAUGGCGAUCAAGAGACGGUGUUCCACAGGCAUUCCGAAGACGACUCGGAUUUGCCUCAGCAGAGAGCGAAGGAGGAAGGAGAUCUCGAAGAACAGGCCCCACCAGCAUCGGCUCUCACCAGACGCCGAGCUCUGGUGCCUCCUAAAUUAAUGACAGAAUGUGCAGAUGACAGGAAACUGUCGGGGAGCUCUGAUAGCAUCUCCUCCCGUGCACGCCGCAGUUCAAUUGUGGUGAUCCCACCGAUGCAGAUCUGUCCUGGUGACCUCCUCGUUUACAGCAAAGUACUGACCCAUCGCAACAAUCUCCUAGAUUUGGAUGGUUCCACAACAAGUCUAGCAGUAUCAGAUACAGUAUGUUUCUGUCUCUUUCCAGAUGGGGUCAAUUCCAGAAAAGGAAAGAACACGUGGUCAUUAUUAAGACUCUUUGAGAGAUCGAGCCGCGGGAAGGCAGGAAGUCUGUGCGGAUUAGAAGAAGUCCUCAGCUGCAUGCAGCGCAUUGACUUUGACGACGAACAGUUAUCGCGAUAUCGCGGGAUGUGCUGGACCGAAUUUGUCUCCCAUGUUGAAAAAAAGAAUAGUGGUGCUGGCAGUAGUAGCAGCAACAGCAGCAGUAAUUCAAGUUUGGUGUCAAGCCCAGAACCACCCCCUCGACCAGUGUCUCCACCCCCUGUCGCGACAUCCCCUCGUCGGCGUCUAAGAGGUGCUCUGGUACGGGCUCAGAGUGAACGCUGCUUCGAGCGACGCUUGACGGGAGCGAGGGCCAUGUGGCGGGGUCUAGAAAAGACGCCUAUAAAACCUAGUCCUCUGGUGACAACCCUCAGUGAGAAGGACCUUCUGGUAUCACCAGGUUCAACGACCAGCAGGGCAGAGAGCAAAAGGAGAGAGGCAGUGUGGGAUCUUUUCCAGAGUGAAUGUGCAUUUUUGUAUGAGCACCUGAUGGUACUAAAAAAUGUAUUCAUGGAACCUCUCAAGAAGAUUCAGGUAGAAGGAUUUGCAAUGUUCGCCGAACCAGAACUUCUUUUCGGAAAUUUGGAUGAACUCUGCUGUGUGACAUACGCAUUCUGUAAGGAAUUUAUCAGUCUUCUACUCGAGAAUGUCGGCGCAGGCGGAGAACUACCAACUAUUGACGUUUUAGUCAAGUUGUUUCGAAAGAGUGCAGAAGCUGACUCUGUGUCUCAUGCAUACCACUGCUAUGCCCUCAAUUACAUCAACGCACUGAAUUACCUAGAAACGCUGAGAAGGCACGUAGAAUUCUGUGAAUUUGAGAAGUGGUGCAGCAGAGACCCGCGUUGCAAGAAACUUCAACUUACAGAUUUGCUUGUCGCUCCAGUACAACACAUCAUGAAAGUUCCACUCAUCCUCAAAGAAGUGGAAACACGAACUGAGGACAGUGCAGAAAGAGAACAGAUAACACAAAUUCUAGAAAUUGAAGAGAAUUCAAUAAGGGAGCUAGAUGACAAAAUGAAAUGGCUCAAGAAUUUUGAACGUCUUUUGGAAAUACAGAGGAACAUCGUCUGGCCUUCCGUGUUUGAGUUGGAUCCUAAGAUUUAUAUCCCCGAGUUUCUGAAGCAAGCACUGACUAGGCAACCGUGUGAUAGGAUAAUAGUGAGUCCGAGAAGACAGAUAAUAAUAGAAGGUCCACUGCAGAUCUGGGACACAGGAAAGCCACAAGAGAUGUAUGUCGUAUUGUUCGAUGACAUGCUUCUAAUUACGCGAAGGAAGAAAGGGCUAUCGAAGAAGAAAUCCUCACUGUCAGAGAACUGGGCCAGUUCCUGCAGUCGCGGCUCAUCGGCAUCAAGCGAGUCUUCCAUGCGAUACGUUGUAUACAAGCAACCUCUCUCCUUAGACCGCUUCUUUAUCCACGACGUCACCAUUCCUGAAAGUGCAUCAUGUCGCCUUGAAGCAGCUUUUGUUCUCGUCAGUCUCAACCGGUUCCAGCAAGUAGUAACAAUCCACACCUUCCAAGCGCCUUCAGAUCAGUCAAAGCAAACAUGGCUCCUUAAAUUACGAGACACUCAGGACAAGUGGAAGAGAACGCUGCAGCACACGGUAUUCCGGUCGCCACGACCUUCGACGUGUAGCAUCGGCCACAAGUCAACCACUUGACCGGAAAAAAGAAACGGCGAGUCUAGAGGAAAGACAUGGAGUGCCUCCAGCCAAGAAUCAGGACGAGAUGCAUAGGAUCGACACACGAAUCUCAUUCAGGUUGUACAAAUCUUGGCAAACGUCUAAGUGUAUAUUUUUAAUGUAUUUGUGUGAACACUUGUCACUUAUAUGUCUUAAGAAAAAUGUUACUAAAGAGAAUUGUGGUAUAUUGUUAAAAUCUUUAUAAAUUUGUGUUGCACUUUCUAUGUGAAAAGACAAGAUGUUGAAAACAAAUGAAUUAAAGCACCAUAUUUUUCAAAUGCUACAUGAAGAUAGUUUUAAAGUGAAUUUUUUGUGUGUGUGAAAAUUUAAGCAGAUAACAAAUGUACAAAAUUUCUUGAUGUAAGAGGAACCCCUAAAUAAUUUGGUUCAUUAUUAUUGAACUAAGAGUCUUCAUGAAAAUUAUGUCAUAUUGAAGUUUAGCAUUUAAUGCAUUUAAGAAUAUAAACUAAUAAUUUCCACUUUUUUCUUCAGAAACUGAGAGAGUGUUCACUUUUUAUUUAAAUUUAAAUAUAGUGAUUAUUUAUACAUGAAUUACAUAAAGUAUUAGUGUGAACAAGUUUACAAAUGUAAUAUAGAUUCAGAUCUUAAUGUAUUUAUGUGUUGUAUUUUGUUGUAAUUAUAUCUGUUUUUAUUGUAUUCUGUAAGCUCAGGUCAAAAUUGGAUACAUUAAUAUUAACCUUUAUUGGCCAUGCAUCAUGGCUUAUGUGGGGUCCAGCUCCCUGGCUGUGCAUCAAAGUACCAUACUGCUAAAGCAUUACAACACUGGAUUUAAAAUCUGGCGAUCGUCAUUGAACGGUGGUGUGUUGCCGCGGGUCACUUCGCGUUCUGCCGCUGCCUCGUACCGUGUGCUGUUCAGAGCGCCGUGUUUCGAUUUGUGUCGUCAUCUACCGAGUAUCACCAGUUAUGUAUUUCCAGUAUGUUGUUUUUUGAGCAAUGUUU